AUGCUUGCUGUUGUGUUGUUUUUGGAGCAGAAGCCUUUGUCGCAUUCAAGGCCAAGCGUGUCGCACAUCACAAUAGGCCCCUUGAUUCACAGACCCACGGUUCGUGCCCCUUUGGGAAGCUGCUGGGAGAGUGAAGCCAAGUCGAAACUGGGGGGCAGUCUGGAGGAGCACGGCCUUUCAGAACUCAUGGCCAAUGCGCUAGAACUUCCCAAAACGCCAUACGAACCUGGGUCCUAG